AAUGAUAAAAUUAAUAGUAUUUGGACUAUUUACUUUUGGAUUAGCCUUAGAUUCUAUAGAGUAUGUAAAGUUUGGUGCUUCGAAGAAAGGAACUACUCUGAAACAUCUCAGUACAUUUCAACUAGACUAUUUUUGUAUUGGAGAGAAAUUCAUAAAAAUUGAACUCUAUGUUUAUAAAACAUUAAUUUGGCAUAAUACGUGGUCUUGUUCAAAUGAAAAAGGCUCUAGGUCAAUUGUCGUCCCUCUUCCAAAGGUUUUAGCUUAUAAACCUUCUCAACAUAACAGAAUUUAUUGGACUUCUUCUAAAUGUAAUUUUGAGUUGUGUAUCUUACAUCCGAAACUUCAGAGAUGCUCUUAUUCAAAAGUUAAAACUGAAGAGAGUUUCAGCAUACCUCCUCCUUAUCAGAGGAAACAAUAUCACCCUAAUUUAUGUUUUACUCCCUUUCAAGAGAUUUUAUAUAAUAAACCAUUUAGGCCUAUUUGCAAAUUAGAAGCAGAAGUGUUUAAAGCAAUAAAAUAUCCAGUUGCUUUUAAUGGAGAAAGAGGAGGAGUUGUUAGGGUUUUACCAAAUUAUAAUUCUAAAAUAUUAGAGAAGAAAAGACUUUCUACAUUUACAAAACCAAAAUUUACUUUAGAUAUUUUACUAUAUGUCGAUCAGUACUGUAAGAAUUCAGACGUUUGUAGCCUUAUUCAAAGACAUACUUGGGACGAUCGGGUAGCAUCUUUUUUAAUUUAUAUUCUAAGAACAGGACAAUUACGAAUACAAGUAGUAGCUCAAGGCGGAAUACCUGCAUGGGCAGAAACUAGUUUUACUAUACCUUUACAAACGUGGUUUCGAUUAAUUUUAUCCGCAGAUAAUAAUUUGUGGAAUAUGCAAAUUCUACACGGUAAAAACUUGAAUGUUAAAGAGAAGACGCUUAUUCAAUUAACUAUGGAGAGACCAGUUCAUUACGAUGAUUCUUUUGGCCUAUUAGUUUUCGGAGGUUCUGAAAUUAUUAAUUCUUUCACUGGGAUUAUUGCUAUGGCAACGAUCUACAGAAGAAAGUAUUACUCUGCCAAAACAAUACCCGAUAUUGAUUCAAAAUGGUUAUACGAAAUGAAAGAUGAAAGUACUAUCUGUAAUAGUUAUAUUAAUUGGUUUGAGAACAGAGUUUGGAGAGCAAAAUUAACUUUAGAAGCUAUAAAUCGAAAACGUAGUUGUAAUAGAUUUAUGAAUGAAAUAUUUUUUGGAAAAAAAUCAUCAUUUAAAAGAGCAAAGAAAACUUGCGCAGCAUGGAAACAACCGGAAAAGGAGAAAUUUAAAUUACUCGGUUUGAAAGUAAGAAAAAGCGUUUUUAGAGGACAUAUACCAACUUUAAUAGAAGCUGGAAGGUUAUUAUACAGAAACGUUACUGACGUUUUAAAUAAUCCUAAUCCAGAUUUUGGAAAAUUGGAAAGAAUUUUGGAAGAAUCCAGUUGCUAUGGAAAUAAUAAUGCAACAGCACUUCUAGCGGCAAUGUUGAAUAAUGGAUUUGGAAUUCGUAUGCAAGAAAGAAAGUCUGGAGGUUUACUCUUAAAAUGUGCGAUGAAAAGUCACAGAAGUUGUUUACAAUCACUGGGGGCAAAACAUAAUUUAGGCUUAGAUAGUUUCCCUCAAGAUUACGAAAUAUCUUAUAAUUAUUACAAGGCAUUGGCCGACAUUACUGGUCAAGAUAGAUUAGAACAUCACCAGGAAGGUGUUGUAGCCGAAAAAAUUCGACUGACAGACGAAGUCCAACUUAAAUUACAAACUGAUGAUCAAGGAGAUUUAUGGAAUUGGAUUACCCAUCAAGCAUCUCACGGAGUCAACUCAGCAAGGGAGCAUGCGUCGAGACUAUUAUUUUGGGGAGCACAAGGUAUAAGGAGGAAUUUACAGGCUGCUGUUAAUUACUAUAGAGAAGGAGCCGAACAGGGCAAUACAAUAGCUCAAUACGAUUAUGGAAUUGCUUUGCUUAAGGGUCAUGGAACUGAGAAAAACGAAACUGCAGCUAUUCAUCAGCUUAGUAAAGCUGCUUCCAAGGGUAAUCCUAAUGCUCUCAACGCUUUAGGCUGGCAUGCUUUAGAAGUUGAAGGUGAUAUCGCAAAAGCUACAAAACUGUUUGAAAGAGCAAUGGGAAGAGGAUUAGCCGAUGCUGCUCACAAUUUGGGCCAUAUGUAUAUGGAAGGCAGAACCAUAAAUAAGGAAAUUGAUAAGGUGAAAGCUUUUGACUAUUUCUCUUUUGCUGCUGUAAGAGGUCAGCUUGAUUCAGCUAUUGUUAUUGCAAUGUUCAAUAUAAGAGGCCACCCAAAAGCAGUCCGGAAUCCUGAAUUAGCCGUCACUUGGGCUCGAUACGUUAGCGAAGAGAAUCCGAUACAGGGUACAUUAAUGGCCAAUGGGUUAAAAGCCUACAGGCACGGAAAUAUACCAUCAGCUUUGCUUUGGUAUUCAUUAGCAGCGGAGAGUGGUAUUGAAGUUGCCAAUUUUAAUUUAGCAUGGUUAUGUGAAAAUUACGAGCAAUAUACAAGAAUAUAUUUCCAUAAAGAAUGCGUUUUUAGAAAUUACGAAAUUUCUAUUAAAAGAGAUAAAUCGAACGCCGAUCCAUAUGCAUGGAUUAAAUUGGGAGAUUUAAGUCUUGAUAUGAAAAAUGAAAAACAUAAUGCAUCUCACUUUUAUGCUAGUGCCGCUCUGAAGGGAAGUCCACAAGCCUAUUUCAAUUUGGCUUAUUUAGUAGAAAAUGAUUAUCAAAUUGAUGAAAUUAUAUGGAAAAAACUAAAAAUUAGGUGCGAUUCAAAAUUCUCUCUUCUUCAAACUUUAUACGAAAAAUGUAAGACGAGUAGAGAAGCUUUUCUUCCAUGUACACUUGCCUUAUGGAAAGCUAAACUGAUGGCAAGCAUAUACGAGUAUCCAAGAUUAGUUAAGGUAAUUAUAAUAACUUUAUGUCCUUAAAAACAAAUAUAAUAUACAAUAUAAAUUGAUCUAUCAAGCAGGCAGUGGCUGGUCUCGCUUUGGCAAUCAUAACUGCAGUACUGAUAUGCGUUGUUUCUGUUCUUAUCAGACAUAUGGGACCUCCAAGAAUAGCCGAGAUAUAAAUAGCUAAAAUAUAAUAUAUUAGUAAUAUAAUAAUUUAUCAUCAUAAACAUAUAAUGUUGAUUUUCUACAUAAAAAUUAGUGCUUCUGGCUUUCAACUCAUUUCUCUCUCUAUUUCUAUAAAUCUUUUGAUAUAAAUGAUAAAUUUAUGAAAUAUUCAAUCAAUAUAAA